AUGAAGAAGACCGUGGUUCUCUACCCCGGCCUCGCCGUCAGCCACUUCAUCCCCAUGAUGCAGCUCGCCGGCGUCCUGCUGGAGGAAGGCUACGACGUCGUGGUCGCGCUCAUCGAGGCUACCAUGGAACACAACAUCGCCUUCGCCGCCGCAGUCGACCGUGUAGCAUCCUCCAAGCCGACGGCCACCUUCCACACGCUCCCUCGAAUCCACAAUCCUCCCACCGUCACCAACGACAUCAACUUCCUCCUCGGAUACUUCCAGAUGAUACGGCGCUACAACGAGCACCUCCGUGAGUUCCUCUGCUCCAUCCCUCCGCGAAGAAUCCACGCAGUGAUCUUGGACUCAUACUCCAACACCGCGCUCGACGUCACGGACGAGCUCGGUAUCCCGGCUUACAGCUUCUUCGCCUCCAACGCCUCCGCCCUCGCUGUAUGCCUCCAACUCCCUUGGGCCCGUCGUGCGAAGGGCCAGCCGAGCUUCAAGGAGCUAGGAGACGGCACUGUCAACUUCUAUGGCGUCCCACCCAUGCCGGCUUCUCACCUCGUUCGCGAAGUGCUCGAGGACCCCAAGACUGAUAUAUACAGGGCGGUGACAAACUCGCUGGGCAAGAAUCUGGAGGCUGCAGUACGAUAUAUACAGGGCAAGCGAACAACGUUGCCACCUGUAGACCAUACUCAGUGCCUGCAGUACGAUAUUAGGACAAGGGAAGCUGUAACUCACAGUUGA